ACAUCUACUGGCUGGCAUAGUUUGGCAUAUAGUUUAGCAUCACCGGUAAAUGUAAUUAACAAGGUUAUUGCCGGUUAUUGCACAAUUUUCCACAAUUUUUGUGAAUCUAUCAGUAUACUCAAGUAUUGGAAGGUUGUUACUAUAACCGAAAAUGAGUAAAGCACAUCCGCCAGAGCUUAAGAAAUAUAUGGAUAAAAGAUUAUCCCUAAAGUUGAAUGGUGGCCGGCGUGUUGUUGGAAUAUUGAGAGGUUUUGAUCCAUUUAUGAACAUGGUCAUAGAUGAAAGUAUAGAAGAAUGCAAGGACGGUACUAAAAAUAAUAUAGGAAUGGUGGUAAUUCGUGGCAACAGCGUCAUAAUGUUAGAAGCUUUGGAUCGAAUAUAAUACAUAUUUUAUUAGAA